GGUGUGUCAUAUCUUAUCUCUCAUCUUGUACUGUUAUAGAAACUUGGAUGUGAUCAAAGAUACUGCCAACCAUCCAAAUCCUGGCGGGUAAUCAGAAAAAGAAGGGAGGGAGGAAAGGUAGUGGUAAGGAAGGGAACUGGAGGGAAAAUGUGUCCAGUGCUGUAAAGUAGUGAGAGGGAAGGCUGCAGAGAAGUGUGGGCUGGGUUACACUGACACUUAAAAAGAAGCUCUCUUUGGCUUCUGUGCAUUUCACCAGCAGCCAGGCUGGGAGGCUGAGAAGGGAGCAGUGAAGAAGUGGAUGAGACAACAGCUCCAGGGGGAAGGUGUACUCUCACUUCACUGGAGCAAGAGUAUUUUUAGCUCUUCCUUUCAACUCUAUCACUUUACACUUUUCUCCACCACUCUUACUUUGGUGGAGGUUAGCCAUGGGCACUGGCGUGGACAGGUUUCUGUGGUCAGUGCUGCUGCUGCUGCCGGUCUUGGGACUCUCUGGGGCUCUGCCAGGAAGCUGGAUGCCAGGGGAAUAUCUGAACACCACAGGAGAUGCACAAAGGUUCAUCAGCGACUACAACGACACUGCUGAGGAGGUGUUGUUCCACAGCGUCUCCGCCAGCUGGAACUACAACACCAACAUCACGGAUCACAACUCCCAGCUUCAGGUCAAUGCAUCCCUUGUAGAGCAGGCCUUCUCCUCAGCAUGGGGGUUAAAGGCCAAGCAGGUCUUCUCUGGUAAUCUUGCCGCAACACUCCCCGACCCUGACGAACGGAAACUGAUGGAAAAGAUCAUGUUACUGGGAGCUGCCAACCUGCCGGAGAAAGAACGAGAGGAGUACAACACAAUUCUCAGCACCAUGGACAAUAUUUAUUCAACAGCCAAGGUGCAUCCAUCACCAAAUGUGAGCUGGAGCCUGGAACCUGAGCUCACAGAUAUCAUGGCCAACUCCAGGAGCUACAAGAGGCUGCUGUACGUGUGGGAGGGCUGGCACAAUGCAUCAGGCAAACCUCUCAGGGACUACUACCCCAAGUUUGUGGAGCUCAGUAACAAAGCCUCCCGAGCUGAUGGGUUUGAUGACACUGGAGCUGACUGGCGUUCUUGGUAUGAGACUGAGAACUUUGAGCAGGUUAUAGAGGACCUUUACAGGACCAUUGAACCCCUCUACAAGCACCUGCAUGCCUUUGUACGCCGCCAGCUCUACAAACAGUACGGUCCCAAGUACAUCAACCUUAAAGGACCCAUCCCUGCCCACCUGCUAGGAAACAUGUGGGCUCAGACCUGGAACAAUAUUUAUGGUAUGAUGAUCCCAUUUCCUAACAAGCCCAACUUGGAUGUAACUCAUGAAAUGGUCAAACAAGGCUAUAAUGCUACGCACAUGUUUCGUGUAGCCGAGGAGUUCUUCACAUCUCUGGGUCUAGAGAAGAUGCCUGAUGAGUUCUGGAAAGGAUCCAUGCUGGUGAAGCCUGAAAAUCGAGAGGUGGUGUGCCAUGCAUCUGCUUGGGACUUUUACAACCGCAAAGACUUCAGGAUCAAGCAGUGUACCACAGUAACGAUGGAGCAGCUCUUUACUGUACACCAUGAGAUGGGGCACGUCCAGUAUUACCUGCAGUACAAGGACCAGCCUGUGGGCUAUCGUCGCGGAGCCAACCCCGGUUUUCACGAGGCUAUCGGCGAUGUUUUGUCUCUCUCUGUUUCCACACCGAAACAUCUGCAUACCAUUAAACUGCUGGAUACUGUUACUUCUGACUAUGAAACUGAUAUAAACUACCUGUUAAAGAUGGCUCUGGAGAAGAUAGCCUUCCUUCCUUUUGGCUACCUCAUCGACCAGUGGAGAUGGGGUGUGUUCAGUGGAAACACACCUCCAGAGCGUUACAACGCUGACUGGUGGCACCUCAGGACAAAAUAUCAAGGCAUCUGCCCACCUACCAGGCGUACAGAGGAUUACUUUGAUCCUGGGGCAAAAUACCACAUCCCUGGAAACACGCCAUACAUCAGGUAUUUUGUCAGUUUCAUCCUGCAGUUCCAGCUUCAUGAAAAACUCUGUGUGGCAGCCAAACAAAUGGGUCCCUUGCACACAUGCGAUAUCUACAGGUCCAAAGAAGCAGGGGCCAUUUUAAAGAAAAUUCUAGAGGUUGGCUCUUCCAAACCUUGGCCAGAUGUGCUCCAGGAGGCUAUAGGGAUCAACAGGUUGGAUGCCAGCUCACUGAUGAGAUACUUUGAUCCCAUUAUUAAGUGGCUGGGAGAGCAAAAUGAAGGAGAGACACUGGGAUGGCCUGACUUCGACUGGGUCCCACCCAUCCCUGAGGGCUACCCUGAGGAUAUUGACAAGAACACAGAUGAGCUCGAUGCAAAGAAAUUUCUAGAGGAGUACAACAGCACAGCCGAGGUAGUGUGGAACGCCUACACUGAGGCCUCCUGGAAGUACAACACCGACAUCAACGAAGCCAACAAGCAGGCGAUGCUUGAGAAGAACCUGAAGAUGUCAGCCCACACCCUGAAGUAUGGACAGAAGGCCCGUCAAUACGACACCACUGACUUCCAGGACAGUUCGGUCAAACGUAUCAUCAAAAAACUCAGCGACAUUGAGAGGGCUGCGCUGCCCACGGCACAACUGGAAGAGUACAACACUCUCCUAUCCAACAUGGAGACCAAGUACAGUGUGGCUGAGGUGUGCAGAGAAAAUGGGCAGUGCCAUCCGCUGGAUCCAGAUCUCCAGAAGAUUAUGGCAGAGUCCAGGGAUUAUGACGAACUGUUGUUUGCCUGGAAAGGAUGGAGAGAUGCUGCUGGCAAAGUGCUUCGCUCUGAUUACAAGAGAUAUGUUGAACUGGCCAACACAGCUGCCAGACUCAAUGGUCACUCUGACAAUGGGGCUUUCUGGCGCUCCCUGUAUGAAACCCCUACCUUUGAGCAAGACCUGGAGACUCUGUGGAAGGAGCUAGAGCCACUCUACUUGAAUGUGCAUGCCUAUGUGCGCAGGGCUCUGUAUAAAAAGUAUGGCUCCAAGUACAUCAACCUGAAGGGACCCAUUCCUGCUCAUUUGCUGGGCAACAUGUGGGCACAAACAUGGUCCGGCAUUAUGGAUUUGGUCAUUCCCUACCCGCACGCUACGCAGGUUGAUGCCACUCCUGCUAUGGUGGCACAGGGCUGGAACCCCAUCAAAAUGUUCCAGGAAUCAGACAAAUUCUUCACAUCUCUGGGUCUGCUGCCAAUGCCACAAGAGUUCUGGGACAAGUCCAUGCUGGAGAAGCCGUCUGAUGGACGCCAGGUGGUGUGCCAUGCCUCUGCGUGGGACUUCUAUAACCGAAAAGACUUCAGGAUCAAACAGUGCACUGUUGUGACCAUGGAUGACCUGAUCACAGUGCACCAUGAGAUGGGCCACGUCCAGUACUUCCUUCAGUACAAAGACCAACCUGUGUCCUUCCGCGAUGGAGCCAACCCCGGCUUCCACGAGGCCAUCGGCGAUGUGCUAGCCCUGUCCGUGUCCACGCCCAAACAUCUGCAGAGCAUCGGCCUCCUGGACAAAGUUGAAAACAACUUCGAGAGUGAGAUCAACUUCUUGAUGAGCAUGGCGCUUGACAAGAUUGCCUUCCUACCUUUUGGCUACCUGAUGGAUCAGUGGAGGUGGAAGGUGUUUGACGGUCGCAUCCCAUCAUCUGAGUACAAUAAAGAGUGGUGGAACCUCAGAAUGAAGUACCAGGGACUGUGUCCACCAGUAACCCGUACUGAGGACGACUUCGACCCAGGUGCAAAGUUCCACAUCCCUGCUAACGUGCCAUACGUAAGGUACUUCGUCAGCUUCGUCAUCCAGUUUCAGUUCCACAAGGCUCUGUGUAAUGCUGCCAACCAUACGGGAAAUCUACAUUCCUGCGAUAUCUACAAGUCUAAAGAAGCUGGGAAGCUGCUGGGUGAUGUGAUGAAGCUGGGCUUCAGUAAGCCCUGGCCCGAGGCUAUGACCAUGAUCACCGGUGAGCCCAAGAUGAGUGCCCAGCCUCUCAUGGAGUAUUUCAAACCUCUCAUUGAAUGGCUGGAGAAAGAGAACAACAAGAACAACGAUGUUCGCGGGUGGCCAGAGUACGACUGGAAACCUUCAAGUGAAGUUAAGUCCAAAGUGGACUUCCUGGGUAUGAAUGUGGAAGGCGGGGCUGCCAUAGCUGGCCAGUGGAUCCUGUUGGUGAUUGGUUUGGUCCUCCUGUUAGCUACCAUCCUAUUGGCCUACAAGUACAGGAAAUCAAAAAAGUCUGAAAAGUCCCAAUCUACAAUGGAGCUCAAACAAAAGGACUAGUCAUCACUGGUGGCUAACUGUCACGAGCACAGUACCAACCUCAAUGUGAACAUCAGUGUUUUUGUGUACUGUACAGUACAUCUGAUCAAAUUUGCUUUUCUUUUUGGUCUGCCUCCUUAUCUAGUCUUGUAUAUUUAUUGUAUACAAUUGAAGUCAAAUUAUUUUUUGCCUAUGCAAAAGAACAUUACAGUUUUGUAAUUUAUUCGCAAUAUUUGAAUGUUUAGAGAAGAAAUGAUUUAAUGAAUGUUUGUAAAGUCAUUAAUUGCAUUUUUGAAUAUCUGAUUUUGUUUCUUUCUUUUGUUGAAUCCUCUGCAUUUCUACAAUAAAGACAUUAAAUAUUUA